GUGUCUCCACCUGGGUGUUGACGGUGGCCCGGAGGAUGCGCAUAUUCUCAGAUUUAAGGGGGAAGGUUUGGAGCAGCCUGGUCUCUCGUUGUUCAACAAGCAUUUCUCCGCCAGGAAUCGUCAAAAAGACUUUCUAGGAUUCACAUUAGUCCCACACUUUUGUAGAAAUACAACACCGAGCGACGUUUUCUCUGCGGGGGUGUUUUGUUUUUUAUUAGACUUGAAGUUGAAACAACUUUAGGAAACAGUUUUCGGACGUGAGGCGACUUCAUUUCAUCGCGAGCGAAACGUUUUGGGAUAAAGGGAAUACCCAAAGCACGCAGACUUGCUCUGCACGUAGUUUCCUCGGUGCUGUUGCAGGGUUAGGUCACCUGUGUGAGGUAAGACACUGUUGCAAAGUAAAUCCGGGAGAAGUUACAAUUAAAAAACUCUAUUUCGGAAGUUAUUUUUCCGCUCCGUUGAAUUAUCUGCGUGUUUUUUCUCGGGACCCACAUUCUCUGCUUUUCUCAACAAAAAAAAAAGCAUGCGCAAACUUUUUUUAGUCCAACGUUAAUAUCCUGGAGAUCCUCGUGAACCACACAUUUAAGUCUGGAUGUACUGCUUUUUGGGAAGUUUUUCUGCAUCCAAUCUCCGGAGUCUUCCUCAUCUGAGCGACACUGGCUGCUUCACAGCCCCCCGCCACUAAGCGUCGCACUGUGAAUGACCCGCUGCUGAUGCUCCGACUGUCUGAAUGGAGUUCCAGUCGCAGAACAGCCAACAGUUGUAGCUCCCUCAGCAGGAUGCUGAUGAGACCAAGUGUACUACUGUGUCUGGUUUUAUUCUCCCAAGUCUCCAGGACCCAGUGCCGGCCUGCCAGCAGUGAUGAAGUCUCUGUGGAAACGCAAACGGAGCUGUUCACGCUCUAUCUCGGGGAUCGUCUGGAGCUGAGCUGCUCUGCCAAAGACGCCCUCCAUGCGGUCAACUGGACCAAAGACCACGUGGCCGUGGCGGACGGAGAGCACACGCGCAUCCGCAGUGGCCAGCUGGAGAUCGAGACGGUGGAGCUGACGGACUCUGGACUGUACGCAUGCGUCACCUUCGGCAACCACAGCGGCUACUUCAACGUCACAGUUGAUACUCUGGCCUCAUCUGAGGAUGACGAUGAAGACGAGGAGUCUUCGUCAGAGGAAGCCAAACUGUUGGGAAGUCAAAAACUGCUGCCGAUGUCUCCUCAAUGGGCUCAUCCAGAAAAAAUGGAGAAAAAGCUUCACGCUGUCCCCGCCAGUAAGACGGUGAAGUUUCGAUGCCAGGCCAGCGGUAACCCGACGCCCACUCUGAAAUGGUACAAGAACGGCAAAGAGUUCAAGAGGGACCAUCGCAUCGGAGGCUUCAAGGUCCGUGACCAUAUGUGGACCAUCAUCAUGGAAUCUGUCGUGCCGUCUGACAAGGGAAACUACACCUGUGUGGUGGAAAACCAGUACGGCAGCAUCAACCACACCUACCAGCUCGACGUAGUCGAGCGCUCUCCCCACAGGCCGAUCCUGCAGGCGGGUCUGCCGGCGAAUCGCACCGCAGUGGUGGGCAGCGACGUGGAGUUUGAGUGCAAGGUGUUCAGCGAUCCUCAGCCUCACAUCCAGUGGCUGAAGCACAUUGAGCUCAACGGCACCCGAAAUGGUCCUGAUGGCUUACCGUAUGUCCGUGUGCUCAAGACCGCUGGCCUUAACACCACGGACAAGGAAAUGGAAGUCCUCCAACUGAGAAAUGUGUCUUUUGAUGACGCUGGGGAGUACACCUGCUUGGCGGGCAAUUCUAUCGGGUACUCUCAUCACUCUGCAUGGUUGACCGUUUUUGAAGCUGUCCCGCACUAUCCUCCAGCCAACCACACCUACCUGGAGGUGGUCAUCUACUGCGUGGGCUUCUUUUUCAUCGCCGUCAUGAUUGCCAUCGCAAUCAUUGUAAAGAUUCGCACCUCCUCAAAGAAGAGCGACUUCAACAGUCAGCUGGCCGUCCACAAGCUGGCCAAGAGCAUCCCGCUGCGCAGACAGGUGUCUGUAGAUUCUAGCUCCUCCAUCCACUCUGGAGUGAUGCUGGUCCGUCCGUCCCGCCUCUCUUCCAGCGGAUCUCCAAUGCUGUCCGGGGUGUCGGAGUAUGAACUGCCCCAGGAUCCCCGCUGGGAGCUUUUCCGGGACAGACUUGUUCUUGGAAAGCCUCUGGGUGAAGGCUGCUUCGGUCAGGUGGUGAUGGGAGAGGCGCAAGGUCUCGACAAAGAGAAGCCGAACCGCGUGACCAAGGUGGCGGUCAAAAUGUUGAAAUCUGACGCCACAGAGAAAGACCUGUCAGACCUGAUUUCAGAGAUGGAGAUGAUGAAGAUCAUUGGGAAGCACAAGAACAUCAUUAAUCUGCUGGGAGCCUGCACACAGGAUGGUCCUCUGUAUGUGAUAGUAGAGUAUGCAUCCAAGUGCAACUUGCGGGAGUACUUGCGAGCUCGGCGCCCACCGGGCAUGGAGUACUGCUACAACCCGGACCAGGUUCCCGUGGAGAACAUGGCCAUCAAAGACCUGGUGUCCUGUGCUUACCAAGUGGCCCGAGGCAUGGAGUAUUUGUCUUCCAAAAAGUGCAUCCACAGAGAUCUCGCCGCUCGCAAUGUUUUGGUCACGGAGGACAACGUGAUGAAAAUAGCCGACUUCGGCCUGGCGAGAGAUAUCCACCACAUCGACUACUAUAAGAAAACCACCAACGGGCGUUUACCAGUCAAGUGGAUGGCCCCCGAGGCUCUGUUUGACCGAAUAUACACGCACCAGAGUGACGUCUGGUCCUUCGGGGUGCUGCUGUGGGAGAUCUUCACCCUGGGAGGCUCUCCGUAUCCUGGCGUCCCAGUGGAAGAGCUGUUCAAGCUGCUGAAGGAAGGUCACCGAAUGGACAAGCCGUCAACGUGCACUCAUGAAAUGUAUAUGAUGAUGAGGGACUGCUGGAAUGCUGUGCCCUCUCAUAGACCCACAUUCAAACAGCUGGUAGAGGACCUGGAUCGCUGCUUGGCCAUGACAUCCAACCAGGAGUAUUUGGAGCUGUCGGUGCCUCUGGACCAAUAUUCCCCCAGCUACCCGGACACUCGCAGCUCCACCUGCUCCUCGGGCGAGGACUCGGUCUUCUCCCACGAUGCCGGAGCUGAGGAGCCCUGCCUGCCAAAGUUCCCUCCCCACUCCAACGGGGCAGCCAUUAAGAAACGCUGAUACCUCAAUCUCCAUUCAGACAAACAUUGACAUUUCCUCCGCUCUCUGCCUCAUGGGGUUGGACUCUUCCCCACAUUCCCAGAGAUGAAGCUAAAAAAAAACAAAACACUCCGUGCUCUGUGAGAAAGGAGCUUGGAGAGAGAGACACCUCGUAGAACAUGUUGGAUCACAUGGACUGAGGAGUGCAGCCGUUUCCCGGUUCUUGGUGGUGACGAUGUUUAUGGGGCACUUUGUAUUAACGGGAUCGGCAGUUUGUCACGGUGUCAGAAAAAAAAAAAAAAAGGAGUAGACUCCCACUCUUCUCUCCACUUUGGGCGUUCCACGGGUCAGGAGAAUCGCAAAGGACUGACUAUGAUUUUGUCAGGUUUUUGUUCGUUUUGUUUGUUUGGUUGUUUGCAUCAGUAAUAAGGACAAUAUUCUGCUUUUUCAGACCAAAUCCAGAGAAUAUACUACCAGGGGACAUGCAGCACCGUGGUCCUCUGCAUCAUUCACUAUCCUCUUGUAAAUACAGUUAGAAAAUUAUAAAUAUGAAUAUAUAUAUUUACAUUGUACUCUUAUUUUUAUUACCAUAAUUGAUUUAUUUUCUUUUGUACAAGGAUACUUUUGUUUGAUCCAUUUUUUAACAUAGUCUGUAGGGUCAGUUGUUACAUGAGAAUGUCUUUAAAAUUGCUGAGGAUUACAUGGCCAGUUUUUUGUUUUUGUUUUUUUAUUCCCCUAAAUUUACUGCAUAAUCAUCAAUGGAAAAAAAUAUAUAUUGGGUUUUCUAUUUUUUAACUGUAAGAGUGCUUUUCAUGACACAAACCUGCAAUACAGUGUAACUCAGUGUUUGGGGUUUCUCUCCAUCAGAAGAGAAAGAUUUAUGAAAAUAUCUGUGUGCGACUGUGUGUGUGUGCGACUGUGUGUGUGUGCGUGUGUGUAUGCUGGAUGUGUGUGUAAAAUGAUAUCUUGUCUCCUUCGAGAUUGUUCACUUGCUUCAAGGAUGGUCACAACUGUAAAUAUUCCUAGUUGCACGCCAUGCUUGUUUAAAUCCAGAGUAAUUUGCUUCAGUCAACAUCAUGCACUUCACUGUGCAUGCCUUCUAUGUGAUGAACUUAUUUUCUACUGUAAAUGCUUUAACAGGAGUUACAUUUGCUGCCAUAUAACUUCUGACGAAGGGUUGCAGAACACGUAUGUCAUCGUAAAAAGGAUUACAUUAAAUAAAAAUGCUAUCGAAAAACAAA